AUGAUUAAUUCCCUAAAUUGUCUUAAUUUUUUCCAGGGUUGCGACGCGUCGAUCUUGCUGAAUCGUCCCAACAGCGAGCGAACAGCCGAAGCAAGCAAAACCCUAAGGGGCUUCAGUUUGAUCGACGACAUCAAAGCGGAGGUCGAGAAGAAAUGUCCCAAAACAGUCUCAUGCGCCGACAUCCUCACGGCGGCCGCUCGGGACGCCACCGUCCUCGCCGGAGGCCCAUUCUGGGAGGUCCCAUUCGGACGGAAAGACGGCAAAAUCUCCGUCGCCAAAGAGGCCAACAGCGUGCCGCAGGGGUACGAGAACGUCACAUCCCUGCUCAACUUCUUCGACAAAAUGGGACUCACGUUCGUCGACCUGGUCGUGCUCUCCGGGUGCCACACCGUCGGCAGGAGCACGUGCGCCGCCGUGAAGGAGAGGCUGUACAACUUCAGAGGCACCGGGAAGGCGGACCCGUCGAUGAACGCCGCUUACGUGAGCUCGCUGAAGAAGCAGUGCGGUUUGGAUUCGAAUUACGUGAACUUUGAUGCGACGAGUCCGAGGAGCUUCGACGCGGCGUAUUACGCGAACCUUGGGAAGAAGAUGGGGUUGUUGUCGACGGAUCAGCUGCUUUACUCCGACGUGAGAACGGCGGGGGUGGUUGGUUUGAUGGGUUCGCAGGCGGGGUUCUUUAAGGACCAGUUUCUUGUGUCGAUGGUGAAGCUGGGGAAUGUGAAUGUGUUGACGGGGAGAAACCAGGGUGAAGUCAGAUUGAACUGCAAUCGUCUCAAUGCUUGA